AGCGCUGCUGAUUCCUUCCAGGGACAUCAGCGGAGUCGAGGGUUCAGCCUGGUGGCCUCUGGGCUUGUGGAACGAGACCUCCCAUCAGUCCUGGCUCAGCAAGGAUAGGCCCGCGGGAGGCACAGCGCAAGGCCCUUGGCAGGCCCCAGGGGUCCGCACCAUCUUGGUCAGGGAGGCCCCCCAUAACAAUAGUGGCCCCAAGGCCCCGAGGUCCAAGACCCCUAGCGAGAUGUGGAUGUCCGUGGCCUCCGUGGUGGGGAUGCUCAGCCUCCUAGUCCGGGCUGACCCCCAUCCUCUGCCGCCUCUGACCCAAGAGAAGGCCUCCAUGUUCUCCGACCUGAGCCCUGCAGAACUGCGGGCAGUCAGGAGGUUCCUGAUGAGUCGCCCUGAACUGGAGCUCCUGCCGAGCAAGGAGGCGUCCCUUGCCAAGAACAGCCUCUUCCUGAUCGAGCUGCUAGCCCCAAAGAAAAGCCAGGCCUUGCGCUACCUCGAUUCGGGCAGGCAGCCCCCCCGGCGACGGGCCCGAGCAGUGGUGUUCUUUGGCACUGGGACCAGGCCCAACAUCACCGAGUACGUGGUCGGCCCGUUGCCUGUGCCAACCUUUUAUCGGCCGUCUGGCCAACCGGCGGCCUACACGGCCCGACCGAUGACCCAAGUGGAGUACAAGCUGCUCUACGAGAAGCUAGCGGAACACCUCGCCCCUCUGAAACAGUUCCUGCAGGACAUUUCAGGGUUUGGGCUUCAGGACUGCAAUGACCGAUGCCUGACGUUCACAGACAUUGCCCCGCGGGGCCUGGCCUCAGGGGAGCGGCGGACGUGGGUCAUGCUGCAGCGCUCUAUCGAGGGCUUCUUCCUGCACCCCGUGGGCCUGGAAGUCCUUAUCAACCACAAAGAGCUCGACCCCUCUCGGUGGUUCACAGAGAAGGUGUGGUACAACGGGCAGUACUUCAGCAGCCCAGAGGAACUGGCAGAACAAUAUGCGCAGGGCAGGGUGUCCAUCGUUCCGCUCGUUUCACAUCCAGACAACACCCUCUUUUCCACCUUUGUGCCGCGUGGACAGUUCACCACGGGGCCCUCGACGGAUGUGAAUGGCGCCAAAGUAUGUGAAACACACGGACACCGAUACGACGUGCGUGGCAACCUUCUGGAGUACAGCGGGUGGAGCCUUGCUUUCCGGCUGCGCAGCUCGACUGGCCUGCAGCUCUUUGAUGUGAGAUUCAAUGGCGAGCGCAUUGCCUACGAACUAAGCGUGCAGGAGGCCAUUGCGUUCUAUGGUGGGAACUCACCUGCUGCCAUGCAGACAAAGUACAUCGAUGUUGGAUGGGGGAUGGGCAGCGUCACUCACGAAUUGGCUCCAGGCAUCGACUGUCCGGAAGUGGCAACCUUUCUGGACGUAUACCACCACUAUGAUGCUGACGGGCCAGUCCGCUACCCCCGUGCCAUCUGCAUCUUUGAGCUGCCCACUGGAGUGCCCCUGCGGCGCCAUUUUGACAGCAACUUCCAAGGGGGCUCCAACUUCUAUGCAGGGCUUGAGGGUCAUGCCCUUGUGAUGCGGACCACCUCCACUGUAUACAACUAUGACUACAUCUGGGACUUUCUGCUCUACCCUAAUGGAGUGCUGGAGGCCAAGGUCCAUGCCACAGGCUAUGUCCAUGCCUCCUUCUACACCCCAGGGGGGAUCCACUAUGGCACCCGUCUUCAGGCACACUUGCUGGGCAACAUCCACACUCAUCUGGUGCAUUACAAGGUUGACCUGGAUGUCGCAGGAACCCAAAACAGCUUUGAGACAGUGGACAUUGCCUUUGAGAACAUAUCACUGCCCUGGGAACCGAGCCACCGGCUGGUGCAGCCGCGCUUGCAUCACCAGCCACGCCUCCGGGAGCGCCAGGCCACGUUCCCCUUCGGCAAGCCUCUGCCUCGCUACUUCAUGUUCUCCAACCCCACCCAGCACAACCGCUGGGGCCACCCGCGGAGCUACCGCAUCCAGCUCAACUCCCACGGUGGCCGAGUCCUGCCGCGCAACUGGAAGGAAGAGAACGGCAUCUCCUGGAGCAGGUACCACUUGGCUGUCACUCAGCACCGCGAGAACGAAGACGUCAGCAGCAACUUGUACAUCCAGAAUGAUCCUUGGCAGCCUGGCGUGAGCUUCGAAAACUUCCUCCGUAAUGAUGACAGCAUCGACCGCCAGGAUCUGGUGGCCUGGGUGACCGUGGGAUUCCUCCACAUCCCACACUCGGAGGAUAUCCCCAACACCGCCACGCCUGGCAACAUGGUCGGGUUCUACCUGCGCCCCUUCAACUUCUUUGAUGAAGACCCGUCGGUGGCAUCCCGUCGCACAAUCAUUGUGCGUCCCGGGGAGCCUGGGAGCAGGGAGGCAGUGCACGUCAAGCGCUGGACGCCAGGCGGUCCCGAGCCCUGCGUUUCAACGACGGCGUUCAGCUACAACGGUACCUACAGCCAGCUAUAGUCCAGAAGGGAAGCAGCCGUCCCCCGAGGGAAGGACCUCACCCAGCGAUGUGCGUGGCCAGGCAGAGGGCCGACAAGGGGCAAGGGCAGAAAGGGUCUGGAGGAGGGGGAAGAACCCUAUCAUGCUGCCCCCCCCAGUAAUACAACCUAAGGCACCCUGUUCAAAGUCAGUUGAAACCAGUUCCUCCCCAGGCCUGGCUGGCAGCUGGGCUUCUGGCAGCUGGCACCAAUCCCCACGGUAUUCUUCUAGAGCAUGGCACAGGCCCAGAGAAGGUGCCCAGCUGAUCUCACCUGCUCCCCCUCCUGGCCAUCACUGGCUCUGCAGCAGAAGCGGAAGAUUUGGACUGGGAAGGCCCACCCGCUGGGAAAGGGAAUGCCUCAGGGUGCAACGGGUUCCAGUCCAAUGUUUCUUCGGCUCCAGAUGUGUACUUCCCCAAGAGGGUGGCCUUUAAAGCAUGGCUCCCCCUUUGCAAUGUGAACCUGCCAUCCUACCUCACAGGGCUGUUGUGAAAAUGAACAAGAUAAACCUUUCAAAGCACA